AUGGAGACCAUCUCCUCUGGUUUCCACCUCGCCGACGGCAAUGGUUUCAUGCUCGACAAAGGCUAUGCUGCCAGAUGUCGCCUGAACCUCCAGUUCUAUCUCUGGAAGAACUCGUUGGCCUUCAACCUACACCCAUCGAUCCCCAUCCCACAUACCCACGGCUCGCCGCCACUGAGAAUUGCCGACCUUGCCUGCGGCACAGGCAUCUGGCUCCUCGAUCUCCCCUGUGAGUUACCAGAACCCGCUGUCCUCGAUGGCUUCGACAUCGACCUGUCCAAAGCCCCACCGGCUCAAUGGCUGCCAAACAAUGUCACCGUCCACAACUGGGACAUCCUCAGUCCCGUCCCAGAACAUCUUGUCGGGAGAUACGAUAUAGUCCAUCUCAGGCUUCUGAUCCUAGUGGUCCAGCACAGUGAUCCGGUCCCCAUUAUCCAGAAUGCGUACCGCAUGCUAAAACCCGGCGGGUACAUCCAGUGGGAUGAUCUCAACUACCCUGAUACCCAUGUCAGCAAGGCAAAUCCAGGCGCAGACACCCCGGCGUUCGAUCGGCUGCUUCAAUUUGUCCGCUCCAAUGGAAGACAUGAUUGGGUGCUGAGCUUGCCCGGUAUCUUGGAGCGCAAUGGCUUUACCGACGCCCGUCUGGAUCAUUUUGGAGAUCGCACGGAGCUGGCCAUGGCGCAUGGGGACCAACAUCUGAUGACCAUGGAGGAGUUUGCCGGGUCCCUACAGCAGAAGGGGAUGCUGGAGGAGGCGCAAAAUAUCCAUCAAUUGAUUGCAGAUUGCUGCCAGGAGGCGUCUCCAGCAGUGGCCCUUUCCAUGGCGCAACGGCCCUCCUUCCAGUGUGAUCCUGGGCAGGCAUCCAACGUCGUCGACUCGUCCGAAUUGUCCGAUCAGAACAAAGCGAAAGAUACCUCACAAGCCCCUGCUUUUGGGGCCCUGGAGCCAGGUAACAGCCCCCGAGACCUCCAAGCCUCGCUUGCGCAAGAUCCUAAGCAAACUAAAUCCCCGGUUCGACAGCGACAUGUUGGAACAGUGUGA